ACCUCACCCUGACAGUUUAGCGGAAGUGCGGACUUCACUGAAACCGAAAUGGCGGCUGUUAAGCAGAACGUUGAGACGUGGAAAGCCAGACUCGACAAGAUUCUCCACGAGAAGAAUGGCUUCACGGACCUUUUGGAGAAGAUUGAAACGAAGACGGGCGUCCGGCGACUUUACGUCGCUCUAGGCGUCGUUGCCUUGGUUGCCCUGUAUCUGAUGGUGGGAUACGGGGCCCAGUUCCUGUGCAACUUCAUUGGAUUUCUCUACCCAGCUUACGCCUCGAUCAAGGCAAUCGAGAGUCGUGAGAAGGACGAUGACACCAAGUGGCUGACCUACUGGGUGGUGUACAGUGUCUUCAGUCUCGUGGAGUUUUUCGCUGACAUCUUCCUCUUCUGGAUCCCGUUCUACUGGCUGCUGAAGUGCAUCUUCUUGGUCUGGUGCUUCAUCCCGACUCAGAGCAAUGGCUCCACCAUGCUGUACUACAAGUUCAUCCGACCAUUCAUCCUGCGCCACCAGGACAGGAUAGAUACAGCUCUUGCCGAAGCCAAGGACACACUCAACGAAGUGUUUGGACUUGCCAAAGAGUCUGCUAAGAAAGCAAAGGACGUGGCUGAAGAUGCGUUGCAGGAUGAAGCUGUCCGCCGUGUGGUGGACUCAGCAAAGCUGGAUUAAGUAUCCACCAUGACUAACACACCCAACUCCGUGUCGGGAAAGUCCUGCUGCUGCCGCCGUCGCUGCCGCUGCCGCCAUGUUAGUUGUACCCACAGUUCCGGACCAACAUGUCUUUGUUUGCUCAACACUCAGUUCUGGUUUCCUUAUUGGGCAGAACCUGCUGUAUUGAUAUGUAAAGUAUUUGUACAAAAUUGCUCUUUGUAUUUGACUGUUUUUGAAAUUGCAAAUUUGGAAGUGAAAAUGAAGUGGUGUAGAUAUAUGAAUAUUUCCCUAAUCAUGUUAAUUAAAUAAUAUGUUCAAGCUGAUGUUUUUGAAAAUGUUCUGGUAAAUUUGAAGAAAGUGGUAGAGUUAGCGGUGAAUAAGAGUUAGACAUUGAGGAUGUUGAAUAGCUGGUAGGGAUGUUGGUUGUGCUAGCCGCAGCACUGGUUGGUUGAGGAUUUCGUAGGGUUGGCAGUGUAGUAACCUUAUUUUCAGUUUCAGUGGUACAAUGCCUUCAUGUUGAUGUUGGUAUUAUUUCGUUGCAAGAAAGUCAAUUCUAUACAUUUCAUAUUUUCAAGACAUUUUUAUGUUUUUGUGAGGUUGUUACGUAACAUUGGUAAAAUUAUACUUCAAAUAAAUUCCUCCAAGUUGAUUUUGCAAACCCAUUGCUUGUCGACUCUAAUUCAGUAUUUUCUGGGUUUUAUUGGCAGUUCUUGUGAAGGUAUAUUUCUAUUUAUUUUUUGUUGAACCAGAUUUAUUAUUUUGGAACAUUUACCAGUCAUAUCUUAUCCAUAUUUAAGAUUGCAUGCAUAAUUUGAACAUUAUGACAAAUAAUGAAGCUGCUUUGUUUAAAACCUUCCUGCAUUGUAAUUUUUAUCAACAUUUGAAGUUACAUUGAUAUGCAUGACAUUUGUAGUCAUUUGUAGUAGCUGUAGUCGAAUAUUUGUCAGGGAUGUUUGUGCAAUUGCUGUCUACUCGCUGCAAUGUUAGGUAACCGUGGUAACAGCACAAUUGUGUGUGUAGUGUGAUAAUUUGCAUAUCCUGAUUAACAUUUUAGAAUGAAUUUGCCAUGAUGUGGAAUAUCAACAGGAUUUCUGGUAGAAGUGAUGUGUAAUUGUUCAUAUCUUCGAUUAAGUGAUAUUGUCAGUAAGAGAUAAUGAUAUUCAUACAGAAGUUUUAUUGAGUGUUUCAAUUAAGAAACAGAUAUUAGCUAUUGUACUCUUGGAAAAUGAUUAAGUUGAAAACGAUUUUGGGGAAAUGAUUAUGAGAUGUAGUCAAAGGAUCCGAACUUUACAAGAUACUACUCUCUGUAAGACAUAGAAGAGCAGGGUUAGAAGUAACUGUUUUCUCUUGUGCGCAACAGAUUGCAAUCUACCUAUUAAUAGUCCUCAAGGAAGUGUCACUCGUCCUUUCUGAAUGGAACUGUCUCGGACAAGCGGAAUUGUUAAUUUCAAACCCUGAAUAGUACAAGUGUAUUGUAAUGUGAGAAAGCUUUCCCCAAUGUCAUUGUUUGCAUUGGUAAUGUUUUAGUAGGGCAGUGUUGAUUAUGGACUGUUAUUUAUUGUGCAUGUUGGAUUUGUAUAACCAUUCAUUGUGUACAUGAUGCUUUCCCUCCAUUGCUGGGAUCAACUCCUUGUUAUCGGCGUUGUUUAUACUCCUGCACAGUCUAUUCUUAUACUGUUAUGUAGGUAGAACGUGUACCGGAAUAACUCGUACUAACGUGUAGGGACUUCUGUCAUUAUGUUGAUUCGUAAAAGAAAAUUCUACUUCAAAAGAAUUAUUGUUAAAAUUUCUUAUAGGAUACAAUACAUUUAUUGUAAAUUAAAAUAAUUGCUAGAGUAAUUGCAUCCUAACAUUUGAACAAGCUGAAUCAUAAUCAUUAUACUGUAUUUAUAUAUUUUCACGAUUUACUUUCUUAAGUUGUACAAUUUCUGUCCUGUGUGCCGCCUCCUCCAUGGCCGAGUGGCGCCCUCUGCUGCCUCGGGUCGGUGUUGCAUAGAAAGUCUGUAAAUACUAACAUCGUCAUUGGUCUGUAUGGAUGUUUUUUCAUCAUGUUUUGGAAAAAAGGGCUGUAAUAGAAUUUUGAUCUUCCGAAUAAAUUUUGAUCUGA